AUGCAGGCGCCUCGGGACAUUCCCUUGCGCGUCUUGCAUCGCCUGGGUGCUGACCAGCUGCUGCUGAGCCUGCAGCUCUGGGAGGGUGACGACGUCUUGAGCAGAAUCUUGCAGGCGUAUCGCGCAGGGCAGCUGCCGAGCUGUUUCUUCCAGCAGACCUUGGAGUACGUGGCUGUGGCCCUGAGGGAGGCACUCAGCGAUGAUGGGCGGGAAGCACCCAUCGACUUGGGCCGGAACUGGCUGAGUGCUGUGAGUGCUGUGAGUGCUGUGAGUGCCGCUGCGGAUGCUGAAAAGGAGUCCAGCCCGAAAUGGAAGCGUGCGGUUUUGGCGCCUCAGGAUGCAACCUUUUGGAGCGCGUACGACUUCUUGCUGCGGCACAGGCCCAGCUUCUUUCGGACGAUCGGCGCUCUGGAGGCCUCCAAUCUGCGGGCGGUGCGCGAGUUGUUCCUGGGCCGUGCCAGCGCCAUCUCAGAGCUGCAGCGAUGCCAAAGCAUGGAAAUGGAGCGGGUGCGCCAGCAAACCGAGGAGAGUGCGGAGAGUGUGCCGGAUAUCCAAGUGCUUGUGGGACAGCACGUGAGUGAAAUUGAUGCUCUGGAGCUGCACUGGCAGAGCGAAAUAGAGCAGCUGAUGACCAAGCAGAAGGCUUCAUAUAGGGACUUAGUGGUUGACUUUUUUGACCAAGAGAGGCUGAACCAAGUGCCACAGCCGACGCUGCCCGGAAGAACAGCAGACACGGCAGAUGAAGACUCGCUUCUUGACGAGGGCUCCCCGAAUCUGUCCAAGAUUUGUGAGGUGCGCACAGUCUUCGGUCAGGCCUUCUUCGUCUUGCGACUUUGGGUCGGGGACCUCAUGGACUUCGUGGACCUGGACACGGACACCGUCGUGGACGAUGCGGGCCCGCAGCUGCCCGAGGGCUUUCUGGGCCUGGGCAGCUAUGACGUCAACGAGCGCCGGACGCCAAAGCUGCAGUCGGCCGAGCCCCUGCAGUCCGACAGCUCCGUCUUCCAGUCCGCGUCGCUGCGCUUCUGGAAGACCCCGAGGUUCCCGUGCCUGCACCUGUCGCCCUCGGCCUACGCGGAGCGGCUCCGGGGGUUGCUCAUCCCGGUGCCGGAGAACUUGCCGCUGGACGGGGGGGCACUCCGAGACUUCGCCGCGCGGUGCCACAAGGAGACGGACUUCCACUUCCCCUCGCUGGAGGAGCAGCUCGCUGCGGUGCGGCCACUGCAAAAGGGCGACUACGCCUGUACUCGCCACUCCAAUUUGGGGCUGCAGGUCACUUUCCACUUGGCCUCGGACGAGGGUGACGAGCUGAUCCCGGCCAUGCACCGGGCUCUGCGCCGGAUCUGCCACGACUGCCACCGGAGCCACGUGGCGGAGCUCACGCUGCCGCUGCAGUUGGACAAGGCGGGGGCCUCGCGGCCUCGCCGGGCCGAAAACGUGCUGCGGGCCCUGAAGGGCGCCCUGGCAGCUCUUGCGGAGCGCCUGGAGGGCCAGGGCGCCCAUGCCUCGAGCGGCUUGGAGCUGGUGAAUCUGGUGCUUCCGGCCGCGGCCAGCGCCACCGCGAAUGGCGCGGCGACCUUCCUGCAGAACUCCUUCCAGUGCGUUUGA